AUGGCAGCCUUCAAAGGCAGAGACAGGCUCAGGGAGGACAGAGACGCCGGCAUGGGGCAGGCUUUGAACCUGCUUCUGUCGUGCUCUCUAACUGUGGGGAGCUCCCCGGGCCUCGGCAUGUGCAGCUGUGUGCGCCGCUGCCACCGCUGUGCCGUGACGAGCGUCUCCCUCCCGGCGGCUUGUUUACUGUCAUUCUUCUUCACCACUGGUCGCUCCCCCUCCCUUCCCCACUGCCCUCCCCAUCCUCUUUGUCUCUUUGAAGACCUGACUGUUUCUAAUAUUGCUCGAGGUGGACGAGUGACUCAGUCCUCUGUGGCGUUUGGUGGGGUCCCUAAAAGGGCCAUUGAUGGAAAUCAGGCAAGCAUCUAUGGACAAAGAUCCUGUACCCACACAAAACGUGAAAGAAAACCAUGGUGGAGACUGGACCUCCUGAGAACAUAUAAGAUUAACACUGUCACCAUCACCAACAGAAAAGAUUGUUGCUACAAUAGGCUCAAUGGUGCUGAGAUCCGCAUUGGAAACUCCCUCAAUGACAAUGGCAAUGCUAAUCCCAGGUGUGCUGUUUUCCAUUCUGUCCAAGCUGGGGCCUCCAAAACGUUUGUGUGUAAUGGAAUGGAGGGCCAGUAUGUGAACAUUGUGAUUCCUGGAAGACCAGAAUAUCUGACAGUGUGUGAGGUGGAGGUCACUGGUCAGGUUGCAGGUAACCCUACUCCAGCUGUUUCUAAUAUUGCUCGAGGUGGACGAGUGACUCAGUCCUCUGUGGCAUUUGGUGGGGUCCCUAAAAGGGCCAUUGAUGGAAAUCAGGCAAGCAUCUAUGGACAAAGAUCCUGUACCCACACAAAACGUGAAAGAAAACCAUGGUGGAGACUGGACCUCCUGAGAACAUAUAAGAUUAACACUGUCACCAUCACCAACAGAAAAGAUUGUUGCCACAAUAGGCUCAAUGGUGCUGAGAUCCACAUUGGAAACUCCCUCAAUGACAAUGGCAAUGCUAAUCCCAGGUGUGCUGUUAUCCGGUCUAUCCCAGCUGGGGUCUCCACAACGUUUGUGUGUAAUGGAAUGAAGGGCCGGUAUGUAAACAUUGUGAUUCCUGGAAGAAGAAAGUAUCUGACACUGUGUGAGGUGGAAGUCAUCGGGACAAGUACUGUCAUCAUCAUCAACAGAGAAGAUUGUUGCCACAAUAGGCUCAAUGGUGCUGACAUCUGUAUGGGAAACUCCCUCAUUGACAUGAAUGGCAACACUAAUCCCAGGUGUGGGCGUCAGUGCAUUCUGAGCUCCGUGCACGCAGGUGUGGGCGUCACCGAUGGGAAGAAGGCAAAGCCCGAGUCUUGCUGCAGAUUGUCUCGUCUUGGCCUGAUGAAUAAUUUGGAUGAAGAGCCGCUCACUCGUACCCUGAAAAAUCAGGAGGACGCUGCUGGAGCAGAGUUAUGCGAAGGUCCCCAAGGUGACGCGUCGGACCCUUCCUCCUGA